AUGACACUCUAUGAUGACUUCCCACACGUACAUGACACGACUGGAGCUUUCUCACACGAUGCAGCACCAUUUUUGCCUUGGCAUCGGUAUUUCGUUCACCUAUACGAACGCACGCUGCGCGAAGAUUGUGGAUACAAAGGCGUCAUGACUUACUGGGACUGGACAUUGGAUUGGGAGCAUCCUACAGCCGCGCCGGUAUGGGACCCUGUCCACGGCUUUGGGGGAGACAGCAGCCCACACAGCAGACCCAGCGAGGAGGUCAUUGUCGGCCAGGAUAGAUGUGUUAUAGAUGGACCAUUCGCGGGGCUUCAGGUACACUGGUUUGGCGAGCACGACAACCCACACUGCUUGUCUCGUGGCUUCCUUGACAAGACCAAUUUCGAUAGUAUCGGCUAUCGAUUUAGCCCCGACGCCGUUGAACAGAUUCUAGGCCGCAAGGAUUACCACGACUUCCAACAAGAUCUCGAAGACGGUCCUCAUCUUGCCAUUCCGCAUGGCGUUGGAGGCGACUUUUUCUUUACCGUGGCACCAUAUGACCCUGUUUUCAUUCUGCAUCACACCCAGCUCGACCGCCUCUGGUGGCGAUGGCAACAAAUUCGUCCAUCAAAUGGGAUGGCAUACAGCGGCCCUGCUAGUCAUGGGUCUGAGGAUGCUGCAUCACUAGAUGAUAUGCUGCCAAUGAGUAAUCUUGCUGAGAGUAUUAAGGUUCGCGAACUAAUGAGCACGGAAUCUGAUAUGUUGUGUUAUCGAUAUUGA